AGGUGUGAUGGGGCGCUUAGAUGGAAAAGUCAUUGUGCUGUCAGCAGCAGCACAGGGUAUCGGACAGGCUGCUGCCAUUGCAUUUGCUAAAGAAGGAGCACAGGUGAUUGCAACUGAUAUCAAUGGAGACAAGUUGAAGGCGUUGGAGUCAUACAAAGGUAUACAGACACGAGUGCUGGAUGUGACUAAAAAGGACCAAAUUGAAAAACUGGCUCAGGAAAUAGAAAGAAUUGAUGUUCUUUUUAAUGUAGCGGGCUUUGUCCACCAUGGAUCCAUUCUAGACUGUGAAGAAGCAGAUUGGGACUUUACGAUGAAUGUUAAUGUGCGGAGCAUGUAUCUGAUGAUCAAAACUUUCCUGCCAAAAAUGCUUGCACAAAGGUCCGGGAACAUUAUCAAUAUGUCUUCUGUUGCUUCCAGCAUUAAAGGAGUGGUAAAUAGAUGUGUAUAUAGCACAUCAAAGGCUGCCAUAAUUGGUCUAACUAAGUCAGUUGCUGCAGAUUUCAUUGAGCAAGGCAUUAGGUGUAACUGCAUAUGCCCAGGAACUGUGGACACCCCAUCUUUAAGAGAACGAAUCCAAGCUAGGCCAGACCCUGAGCAGGCAUUGAAGGACUUUCUGGCAAGGCAGAAGACUGGUCGAAUGUGCACGGCUGAAGAAGUUGCACACCUCUGUGUGUAUUUAGCUUCUGAUGAAGCUGCCUAUGUGUCGGGUAAUGCACAUAUUAUUGAUGGUGGCUGGAGUCUCUAAUUGUGAAUCUCCUGUCUGGCCAGCCAUAUAUCAAGCGAAAAAGAAGAUGAUAU